AUAUAUAUGCACGCAUGUGUACACACAACACAGUGUGAGAGAGCAUACACAUUCCAGCUGGAAAUAUAGCAAGAAGCUACACACUUCCUACUGCUGCUGCCGCUGCUGCUACAUCCCCAUCUCUACAGGAUCACCCCCAACACCAGCUUGUCUUCUCCAUCCCGCACCAGCUUCUCUCCUCAUCACCCUCAAAGCCAGAGGCAAUGUCCAAGAGCCUGAAGAGGAAGAACCACUGGACUAACAAAGUCCACGAGUGUGUGAUUGACAGGAGCCUGGAAGGGGAGCUGGGCUUUGAGAUCAAAGGGGGUGCAGAGAGUGGUCAGUUCCCAUUCCUCGGAGAGGUGAAACCCGGGAAGGUGUCUUAUCAGAGUGGCAAACUCGUGCCUGAGGAAUUAGUGCUGGAGGUUAAUGAGACGCCAGUGGCUGGACUUACCAUCAGGGAUGUACUGGCUGUGAUCAAACACUGCAAGGACCCCAUUAGGAUUAAGUGUGUCAAACAAGGAGGCAUCAUUGACAAAGACCUUCGCCGCUACCUCAAUUUACGGUUUCAGAAAGGGUCAGUGGAUCAUGAACUGCAGCAGAUUAUACGAGACAACCUCUACCUCCGUACAGUGCCAUGCACCACAAGACAGCCUAAAGAGGGGGAGGUUCCCGGUGUGGACUACAACUUUAUUACGGUGGAAGCGUUUAUGGAAUUAGAGAAAAGUGGUGCUCUGUUAGAGAGUGGAACCUAUGAAGAAAAUUACUACGGCACUCCAAAGCCUCCAGCUGAACCUGCUCCACUUCUGUUAAAUGCAACAGACCACAUUUUUCCUGGUGGUAUUCCAAGGGUUGAAGGCAAACGAAAGCGCAAUAAAUCAGUGAGCAAUAUGGAGAAGACUGGAAUUGAUCCUCCAGAAGAGGAGGAAGAGGAACAACCUGUGAUUAACGGGAAUGGUGUUGCUGUGACCCCAGAAUCAAGUGAACAUGAAGACAAGAGUACAGAUGCCUCAGGUGAGAUUUCAUCGCACCCCUACUCAGCUCCAAUCUAUUGCCAGCCAGAUGAAUCCAGAGAAAGCACGGAUGCCAAGAAACUGCUAAAGCCAGAUGAACAAAGUGAGCUGGGAUCCCUGCCUGACAAUUGGGAGAUGGCUUAUACAGAGAAAGGAGAAGUCUACUUUAUUGAUCACAACACAAAGACAACGUCAUGGCUGGAUCCACGGUUAGCAAAAAAGGCUAAACCCCCAGAAGAGUGCAAAGAGAAUGAGCUUCCUUAUGGCUGGGAGAAAAUUGAUGAUCCCAUUUAUGGAACAUACUAUGUUGAUCACAUAAAUAGAAGAACUCAAUUUGAAAAUCCAGUGAUAGAAGCCAAAAGGAAGCUUCAGCAGCACAACAUGCCCUCCACAGAACUGGGAUCCCAGCCAAUGCAGGCCCAAGUGUUCAGAGAAAAACCUCUCUUUACCCGUGAUGCAUCUCAACUGAAGGGAACAUUUUUAACAACUAUUCUGAAGAAAAGUAACAUGGGUUUUGGAUUUACUAUCAUUGGAGGAGAUGAACCAGAUGAGUUUCUGCAAGUAAAGAGUGUCAUCCCUGAUGGACCCGCAGCACAGGAUGGCAAAAUGGAGACAGGCGAUGUCAUUGUCUAUAUUAAUGAAGUUUGUGUCCUUGGGCAUACACAUGCAGAUGUGGUAAAACUGUUCCAGUCGGUCCCCAUUGGUCAAAGUGUCAACUUGGUGCUAUGUAGAGGAUAUCCACUGCCCUACGACCCUGAAGAUCCUGCAAGCAGCCUGGUUCCACCUCUAGCAGUAAUAGAAAGGCCCCCGGUGGUAGUAAAUGGAAGAAAUAACUAUGAAACCUAUUUGGAGUACAUUUCUAGGACUUCUCAGUCUGUUCCAGAUGUAGCAGAACGACCUUUGCCUUCUUUGCACUCCAUCCCAGCAGAUAGUCAGCUUGAAAACACAUUCCCACCACCUCCUCCUGCACAUGACGAUAAUGUAUCAAUGGCUUCUUCUGGAGCCACACAAGCAGAACUCUUGACCUUAACCAUUGUGAAAGGGGCACAGGGCUUUGGCUUCACAAUAGCAGACAGUCCAACAGGACAAAGAGUGAAGCAAAUUUUAGAUGUUCAGGGAUGCCCUGGUUUAUUCGAAGGGGACCUCAUAGUGGAAAUCAACCAGCAGAAUGUACAGAAUUUGAACCAUUUAGAAGUAGUGGAAUUGCUUAAGGAAUGUCCUGUGGGAAAUGAGACUUCAUUGGUAAUCCAUAGAGGAGGUUUCUUCUCUCCAUGGAAAAGUUCAAAACCUAUAAUGGAGCGGUGGGAUAAUCAAGGAAGCCCACAGACUAGUUUAUCAGCUCCAUCUUUGCCACCAAAUCUCCCAUUUCCACCAACGCUGCAUAGGGGUUCAUUUCCUGAUUCUACAGAGGCCUUCGAUCCCAGAAAACCCGACCCCUAUGAACUCUAUGAGAAAUCAAGAGCAAUCUAUGAAAGUAGACAGCAAGUGCCACCCCGAGCUGGUUUCAGAGUGGAUCCUGCUGGCCCUGACUAUAAGGAGUUGGAUGUCCAUCUUCGACGCCAAGAGUCUGGAUUUGGGUUCAGGAUCCUUGGAGGAGAUGAACCUGGCCAGCCUAUCUUAAUUGGUGCCGUAAUAGCGAUGGGGUCUGCAGACAGAGAUGGCCGUCUACGCCCUGGUGAUGAGUUGGUAUAUGUAGAUGGAAUCCCAGUUGCUGGUAAAACCCACCGAUACGUGAUUGACCUUAUGCAUAAUGCUGCUCGUAACGGACAAGUCAAUCUUACUGUGAGAAGAAAGGUGCUAUCUGUUGGAGAACCAUGCCCAGAAAAUGGCAGGAGUCCUGGCUCUGUGUCAACACAUCAUAGCUCUCCAAGAAGUGACGCUGCCUAUCCAAACAGUAACCAUAGUGCACCGUGCAAUUCUUCCCCUCCUGAAGGCUUAUCUUCGCAAAAUAUGCAGUCCAACGAUGUGAUUAUCCAUCGCAAGGAGAACGAAGGAUUUGGUUUUGUUAUCAUAAGUUCUCUGAACAGACCAGAAUCUGGAGCCACAAUAGCUGUACCGCAUAAAAUUGGACGAAUUAUUGAGGGAAGCCCUGCGGAUCGCUGUGGAAAGCUGAAAGUCGGAGACCGGAUCUUAGCUGUGAAUAGCCAGUCUAUUAUCAACAUGCCCCAUGCAGAUAUUGUGAAACUGAUUAAAGAUGCAGGGUUAAGUGUAACACUUUCCAUCGUUCCUCAGGAGGAGUUAAACAGUCCAGCAUCAGCACCAAGCUCCGAGAAGCAGAGCCCCAUGGCACAGCAGCACAGCCCAAUGGCGCAACAGAGUCCGGUAGCACAGCAAAGUCCGGUAGCACAGCCGCUGCCUCCACAACCACUUCAGUUACAAGGGCACGAAAGCAGUUAUAGGUCAGAGGUGAAAGCCAGACAGGAUGUAAAGCCUGAUAUCCGACAGCCGCCGUUUACAGAUUAUCGGCAGCCAUCGACGGACUAUAGGCAACCUCCGGUAGAUUAUCGACACCCUCCUGUAGUUGAUUACCAGCAACCCCCUCCGAUGGACUACAGGCAGCCUCCUUUAAUUGAAUACAGACAACAUUCUCCUGAUACCAGGCAAUUUCCACUACCCGAUUACCGUCAGUUUCAGGACUAUGACUAUUUCACAGUUGAAAUGGAGAAGGGUGUGAAGGGCUUUGGAUUCAGUAUACGUGGUGGGAGAGAGUACAAGAUGGAUUUGUAUGUGUUAAGGCUGGCAGAAGACGGUCCAGCAAUAAGAAAUGGCAGAAUGAGGGUCGGUGAUCAAAUCAUUGAAAUCAAUGGGGAAAGCACAAGGGACAUGACACAUGCCAGAGCCAUAGAACUUAUUAAAUCAGGAGGAAGAAGAGUCAAACUAUUAUUGAAACGUGGAACAGGACAGGUUCCGGAGUAUGACGAACCAAACUCCUGGAGUUCACCCUCUACCACCUCCCCAGGGCCGGAAGUAAGCGUUCCUCUUGAUGACAUGAUUGCACCAUUAUCUCCAUCGCAUCCAGUCUUGCCCUCUGACCCUACGUACCAGAUACACCCAGAGCCAGAUUGGGAUAUCUACAGGGAACAUGAUAUGGGAAAACCAAAGGAACUUAUUGCAAAUGGUCAUAAAAAGAAAAGAUUGGGAGAGACAAGAGAGAGAUCAGCAAGCCCUAAGAAAGUUGACAGGUCAAAGCGUGAGGAGGAUUUCAAAAAGGAAUUCCAAGAAGGCAAGCAGAAAAAAAGUGAAAGUCGCCAGACCAUAGCUGCAUCAAAAGGGGAUGUGAAGAAAACAACCAAUGAUGGAGGAGAUUGUGGGUAUCCUGAAGCAGGUGAUGGUGGAGGUAGGACUUCCAGGUCCAAUGAAGCAAACCAAGAAGGCACCCGCAGUACAAAAGACAAUUACAAAGAGACAACCAGUGAGAAAAAGUCCAUAACAGCUCUUGAAAUGAGUAGGUCAGAUUCAGGUGGCGUCUCAAAGGUGUACGGUAGCAACACACUCAGUUCUCGAGUGACUUCCGAGGAACAAGAUAAGAGAGAUUCAGAAGCAAAGCGCAACGAGUUCCACAAGGAAGGAAACAUACACUCUUGCAGCAGCCGCAGUGUGAACACUGCAACGCGGAAAGCAACGGUCUCACCAGGACCAUGGAAAAUCCCUGGCUCCGAUAAGCUACCUAGCAUCCUGAAAUCUGGCACUUCAGCCAUGAGCAGAUAACUGAACACAUGACUGUUUCCCUUUAAUUGUUUCAUGUAGAUUUGGAACGUUAUUCUUAGCUUCUGUUUCAAAUAAUUUAAUUUUUUUUUCUUCAUUUAUUUAUUUUAACUCUCACUCGUAUUUACCUUCACGAAGUGUCUGGGACCAGAAGCAUCUUUUUGUUGUUUUUCCAUAUGGUGGUGCACAGUGUCUCACAAGUUCGAAGAUGCAAGUAUGGUGUAUUUUGGUUUGUACAGCUCUGCCUGGUGCUUCCAGGUCAUUUAUUUGGCUUCUAGCAGCUAAGGAAGAACCAAAACAGGAAGUGCACCCAGUGCAGUCAGUGCAGCUUAGCUUUAGUACUUUUCAAUGAAGGAUAUAUGGGAUCCAUUCCAGUCUUGUCUGUAGCAAAACACGACAGAGCAAUCACAAACUGGAACAUCGCCUUAAAUUAAACUGCACUGAGUUUUAUGAAGGAGAAAA